CGACGUUUUAUUAAGAUGCUGUCGCUACGCACCGCUGGUUCGACGCGCCGCCACCUGUCGACAUUCAACCCGUCCACAGUGUCUCGUCUUCUAGAUCAUGACAACCAUGACACCCGGGCCAAGUUGCGCGAGCUGUUCAAGGACCCGAUCUAUCGGCCGAAAUACAACGUUCCGCUUCACGAAGAGAGAGAACUGGCGUACAAACGGUUGAAGAAACUUUGCGAGCGCAACAUCAUCUCUGUGAAGGACUUCCGCACAAACCCCCGAAACAUCUUCACCACCCACGAAAUCGCCGGCAUGUGCGACGGCGCCAUGGCCACUAAAAUGACGGUUCAAUUCAAUCUCUUUGGUGGGACCGUGUUGAAACUCGGCACGGAUCGACACCACGGCGCCUUCCUUGAUGGCAUCGAUCGCUUUGAAAACGUCGGAUGCUUUGGGCUGACGGAGCUCGGGUACGGCAACAACGCUGUGGAGAUGGAAACCACCGCCACGUACGACGCGGCCACGGAGGAAUUCGUCAUCAACACGCCCUCCACCAAGGCCCAGAAAUACUGGAUCACCAAUUCGGCUCUUCAUGCGCAGUUUGCCGUGGUGUUUGCCAGGCUGUUGACGGGCGGCAAGGACGAAGGCAUCCAUGGAUUCCUUGUGCCCACUCGCGACAUGGCGACGCAUGCCGUCCUUCCAGGCGUCCAGAUCUGGGACAUGGGCCACAAGAUUGGCGUGAAUGGCGUGGACAACGGCGCACUCUGGUUCGAUAACGUGCGCAUUCCUCGGUCGAAUCUGCUCAACAGCAUGUCGGACGUGGCGCAAGACGGCGCCUUCUCCAGCUCCGUGACGAGUAAGCGCGGCCGGUUCCUCGUCUUGGCCGACCAACUGCUCAGCGGCCGCGUGUGCAUCGCGUCCAUGUGCAUGGGCGGCACCAAGAUCACUCUGCUAAACGUCGUCCGGUACUCGUCAUCGCGGCUCGCGGUAGGCGAAACCGGCAAGUCCGACACCCCCAUCAUGCACUACCAGCUGCAACAGCGCAGCAUUGUGCCCUUGAUUGCGUCCACGUAUGCGCUCAAGUUUGGCUUGAAUUACGUGAAAGACCGAUAUGCAAGCCAAUCCAAGGACGACCACACCGAAGUGCUUCAAUUGUGUUGCAUUAUCAAGGCGUUGGUGACGUGGAACAACGAACAAGUGGCUACCAUCGGGCGAGAACGUUGUGGUGGACAAGGGUAUUCAAUAUAUAUAUAUAUUAUAUAUAUGAAAUAUGGUAGGUUUCUAUCGGCCAAUCGAUUCGGUGAAGCCAUCGCUGGGGCGCACGCGGGCAUCACGGCCGAAGGAGAUAACCGCGUCCUCACCCAGAAAGUGACCAAGGAAUUGCUCACCACCGUCAAGCCCAAAGACGUGGCCCAACACGUGGUGGUGUCCAAGUUGCCUGGGGUGCUCAAGCGCCUGGCACUUCAAGUGCCGUCGGACGUGACAAGUGCCGACGGUCAGCUGCAACUGUUCCGCAUCCGAGAACAGCACUUGCUGCUGGGGCUGGCGUCGCGACUACACAAGGCCAAAACUAACAAGGAGUCGCUGUUCAAGACGUGGAUGCUGAACGAGUCGGACGCGAUCCAAGCGGCGGCGGUGGCGUACGGGGAGCGCAUGGUGCUGGAAAAGACGAUCGAAGCUGUGCGAAACGCUGAACCGUCUGACCGCCACACGUUAAACUCGAUUCGAGCGCUGUAUGGACUGUCCCGCCUUGAGAAGGACCUGGGCUGGUUCACCGUGAACGAAAUCCUCACCCCAUCAGCGGGAUCUGCCGUGAUUGCCGAGUCUCAGGCCAAGUGCAAAGAGCUGGGUGGUGUCGCUGUCGAGUUGGUCGAAGGGUUUGGCAUCCCAGAACACAUGCAUCACGCUCCCAUUGCUGCCGACUGGGUCGACUACAACGCCACCCAAAACAACGGCGAAGUGCUCUAACUAGCUAGCCUGUGUGGGGAGUUAGUUGGAUUUCUAGCUCAUUCGCUAUUAUCGUGAAGAUAUCGGAGCCCAAAGAACCAGUAACAUGAGCUUAGCCCUUGUUGAUCUGCUGUGUGGGCCCAUAGAUAGGGCUUAACGUUCAGAAGGAGAUACUAUGGCCGUAAUAAACCAGUUUAUAAGG